UUAUUGUAAAGAACAGUACUAGUAUCUUUAGGGUCCAUUGCAGAUGUAAUGGUCGGCCCAUCCAAAAACAUAUAGGCUCAAUGCCUUGGAACUCAACCGAUAUUAUAUAGUGGUAUUAACCAAAAUCUAAAACAAUAAACCUGAUGGCUUGUGUUCAAGUAAUAUUAAGUCUGAUGAUGCAUUUGCCAAUAAAAGAAACUAGAAGGGCUUAGACUCAAAUGGCCGAAGGGAUAAGGUUCCCUAUCGUCAUCCACUCAUCCUCGAUGCAUCACAAACCCAUCGAUUUGUUUAGUUCUGCACAGAGGCACCGAUGCUGCGGUUCAUGGCGCCGCCGGCCGUAGCCAGAGGGCUUGCUCGUACAACGCCACGCGCCAGAGGGCGUUGCCGGCCGUCGGUUUCUGCGCCGUGCCGGAGGACGUCGCCUCCACUGCCGCUCAUGGUGCGCUCACGCCGAAGGGCUGGAUAGCCGCGUCGUGGUUGGUCGCUCCGUGGGAGCCGCCCUGAGGUCGAGAGCCUCGGAUGAUGGCCAUGUGGCGGGCUCGUCGCUGUGCGCCGAGGAUUCAGACCGAUGGAGGGCGCCGCCGGGGUGCGUCGGGCGCAGAGGGUGUCGCCUCUGCCUGGGCUGUGGACCGCGCUGCCGCGCGCCUGAGGGCAUUGCCAUGCCGGGCACCGGCCGUUGGCCGCUGCGGCCGCCUCCGGGUGCAGGCUGGGAGCAGCCGGGCCGAAGGUUUCCGCCGCUCCGCUAGGAGCCUGGCCGAGGCAGCGUUGUCCGGGCCAUGGGUCGCCGCCGAAGUUUGCCUUGGACGGCAUGCAAACGACGCCCUGGAGAUCGAGAGAUUCGCCGCGCCUGGGCCGUGAACGCCUCGGGCUGAUGCGGGAGGUCGAGGCCACGCGACCACGCGCCGGCUGGAGACUUGCGCCGCCGUGCCGUUCUGCAGCGUGAGGCGUGCACGCAUCACGCACCGGUGGGCUUGGACUGUCGCCAGUUCCGCGUUGCUCGCAGGCGAGCCGUUCGUGAAAACGCUCCGCCGGGGACAACGCGAUGCGUCAAAGAGGUCUGGGCUCGCACUCGUUCGGCUGUCUCUCGGCCAUCAAAGACAUCGCCGGUGACGGAUUGAUAGUGUGCGGGCGCCGCCGGCGCUGCCAGUUUGUUUAGUGGCCUAAUCGCUUGCUCGGGUCGGGUUAGGGCAAAGGGCUGAUAACAUGUUGAAUGUAAAAGUGAUUGAAUGAAGGAAAGGCUCCUGAUUUCAUUGA